ACUGUCGAGAGGCGCGCCGGCCGGAAGUGAGCGCGAAAGCGAGUUUGACCCUGGCUCCACGGCCUCUCUAGCGUCAGAAGAGCGGUCCUAGGGGAGAGUGAGAGGGGAGCCGGCGGCGGCUCGUACGCGCACCGGGGCUGAGCGCCUUUUCUCUCAGCCGGCGGCGCCGUGCUUUGCGGCUGCCGUCAAGCGCGGCGCUGGGCCGGCGGGCGGGGGCCGAGGGGCUGCCAUGGCGGCGGCGUGCCGGCUGCCGUGGUCUUGGGCGCUGCUGGCGCCGCUCCUUGCGGGGCUCGCGCUGCUGGGAGUCGGGCCGGUCCCGGCGCGGGCGCUGCACAACGUCACAGGCGAGCUCUUUGGGGCCGAGGCCUGGGGCACCCUGGCGGCCUUCGGAGACCUCAACUCCGACAAGCAGACGGACCUCUUCGUGCUGCGGGAAAGAAAUGAUUUAAUCGUCUUUUUGGCAGACCAGAAUGCACCUUAUUUUAAACCUAAAGUAAAGCUAUCCUUGAAGAAUCACAGUGCAUUGAUAACAAGUGUAGUCCCUGGGGAUUAUGAUGGAGAUUCACAAAUGGACGUCCUUCUGACAUACCAUCCCAAAAAUCAUGCCACCAGUGAAUUAGGCGCUGUUAUCUUCUGGGGACAAAAUCAAACAUUAGAUUUAUUCCUCACGACAUUGUCUGCCUCUAGUACCUUCCAGUUUGAGAUAUGGGAAAAUUUGUUUCUUUUGACAGAUGGAGAUGGACACAUGGACCACUUACUACCAGGGUGUGAAGAUAAAAACUGCCAGAAAAGUACCAUCUACUUAGUGAGAUCUGGGACAAAGCAGUGGGUUCCAGUCCUACAGGAUUUCAGCAAUAAGGGCACACUCUGGGGCUUUGUGCCAUUUGUGCAUGAGCAACAACCACUUGAAAUACCAAUUCCAAUUACCCUUCAUAUUGGAGACUACAACAUGGAUGGCUAUCCAGAUGCUCUUGCCAUACUGAAGAACACAUCUGGAAGCAAUCAGCAGGCCUUUUUACUGGAGAAUGUCCCUUGCAAUAAUGCGAGCUGUGAGGAGGCACAUCGUAUGUUUAAAGUCUACUGGGAGCUGACGGACCUAAAUCAAAUCAAGGAUGCCAUGGUUGCCACUUUCUUUGACAUUUAUGAAGAUGGAAUCUUAGAUAUUGUAGUCCUAAGUAAAGGAUAUACAAAGAAUGAUUUUGUCAUCCAUACACUAAAAAAUAACUUUGAAGCAGAUGCUUAUUUUGUUAAAGUCAUUGUUCUUAGUGGUCUGUGUUCUAAUGACUGUCCUCGUAAGAUAACACCCUUUGGAGUGAAUCAGCCUGGACCUUAUAUCAUGUAUACAACUGUAGACGCAAAUGGGUAUCUGAAAAAUGGCUCAGCUGGCCAGCUCAGCCAAUCAGCACAUUUAGCUCUCCAGCUACCAUACAGUGUCCUUGGUUUAGGUCGAAGCGCAAACUUCCUUGACCACCUUUACGUUGGUAUUCCCCGUCCAUCCGGAGAGAAGUCUAUACGAAAACAAGAGUGGACUGCGAUCAUUCCCAAUUCCCAGCUGAUUGUCAUUCCAUACCCUCACAACGUCCCUCGAAGCUGGAGUGCCAAACUGUAUCUUACACCAAGUAACAUUGUUCUACUUACUGCUAUCGCUCUCAUCGGUGUCUGCGUUUUCAUCUUGGCAAUAAUUGGCAUUUUACAUUGGCAGGAAAAGAAAGCAGAUGAUAGAGAAAAACGACAAGAAGCCCAUCGAUUUCAUUUUGAUGCUAUGUGACUUGCUUUUACUAUUACAUAAUGGAAUGGUUAUUCACUUGAUUAGCUGAAAUACUAAAUUCUGGCUUAUAGAAGAAAAUAGGGGAGUUUGAUUAUUAUUUAUAAAUGAUGCAUCCCUUGGUGAUUAUUGGAAAGUAUUCAAAUAAAUAUUGUCUGAAUGUGCCACGAGGUCUUUUUUUUUUAAAAAAAAGCACUUUGUAUACAAAAAUUUUGUUUCUUGAUUCAGUAGUAUUGUACAUUUUUCUUCCUUUGUGGAAUGUGUUGCAUGUACUCCAGUGUUUAUGUAUUUAUAAUCUUAUUAGAGUAGUGAUGAUGGAAAAAGACAUGUGUAAAUAAAAAUAUUUAAAUAAGCGGG